ACUCUACUCCCUGCCUUCAUAAAAUAAAAUAAAAUAAAAACCUAACUCCUCUUCUCCCAUUUUCUGCUACUUGAACCUCGCUAAGGGUCACCAUUUUCAUCUCUUCACAUCUUAUAAUAUAUGCACAGUCAGCUCCAGGUUCUCCCUACCAUUACUUCAACUCCUCCUCUUCUUCUUCCUCUUUGUUUUCUACUUCUCUUUCCAACUUCGAUCUCAUUCUCAUUCUGAUCUCAAUUUCCGUUUCAUCAUCGCCUUGUUUCUCUCAUCUUAGAUAACUGCAAGAGUAGGAAAUGGCGAACAUAGACAUUGAGGGGAUCUUGAAGGAGCUUCCAAAUGAUGGUCGUGUUCCCAAGACUAAACUUGUCUGCACUCUCGGCCCAGCUUCGCGAUCGGUGCCGAUGCUGGAGAAACUUCUUAAAGCGGGCAUGAACGUAGCCCGUUUCAACUUUUCCCAUGGCAGCCACGAGUACCAUCAGGAGACCCUUAACAAUCUUCGCACUGCUAUGCACAACACUCAGAUCCUCUGUGCUGUCAUGCUCGACACUAAGGGACCUGAGAUUAGAACUGGUUUCCUAAAAGAUGCGAAACCUAUUCAGCUCAAGGAAGGCCAGGAAGUAACUAUAACCACUGAUUACGACAUCAAGGGGGAUGAAAACAUGAUUUCCAUGAGCUACAAAAAGUUGCCUGUGGAUGUGAAGCCUGGAAAUACUAUCUUGUGUGCGGAUGGAACUAUCUCUCUUACUGUCUUGUCAUGUGAUCCUGAAUCUGGAACUGUAAGAUGCCGCUGUGAGAACACCGCAACGCUUGGUGAAAGGAAAAACGUCAAUCUACCUGGUGUUGUGGUGGAUCUUCCAACACUUACAGAGAAGGAUAAGGAAGAUAUCUUGAAUUGGGGUGUUCCCAACAAUAUUGAUAUGAUUGCUCUGUCAUUUGUACGCAAAGGUUCAGAUCUUGUCAAUGUCCGCAAGGUCCUUGGGCCCCAUGCUAAACGCAUAAUGUUAAUGUCAAAGGUUGAGAAUCAGGAAGGAGUUAUCAACUUUGAUGAGAUCCUGCGAGAGACUGAUUCUUUUAUGGUUGCCCGUGGUGAUCUUGGAAUGGAGAUUCCAGUUGAGAAGAUUUUCUUGGCGCAGAAGAUGAUGAUCUACAAAUGUAAUCUUGCUGGCAAGCCCGUGGUUACUGCCACCCAAAUGCUCGAGUCCAUGAUUAAGUCUCCUCGACCAACUCGUGCUGAAGCAACUGAUGUUGCUAAUGCUGUGCUUGAUGGCAGUGAUUGUGUUAUGCUCAGUGGUGAGAGUGCUGCUGGUUCCUAUCCUGAACUUGCUGUGAAGAUUAUGGCACGAAUUUGUGUUGAAGCUGAAUCUUCUCUUGACUAUAGUGCUAUCUUUAAAGAGAUGAUACGGUCAACUCCACUACCUAUGAGCCCCUUGGAAAGCCUUGCAUCAUCUGCUGUACGAACAGCUAAUAAAGCGAAAGCUAAACUCAUUGUUGUUAUGACCCGUGGUGGGACUACAGCCAAAUUGGUCGCCAAGUACAGACCAGCUGUUCCCAUCCUGUCUGUAGUCGUCCCAGUCUUGACAACUGAUUCAUUUGAUUGGACCUGCAGUGAUGAGACCCCGGCAAGGCAUAGUCUGGUAUACAGGGGUUUGAUUCCCAUACUGGCUGAAGGAUCUGCAAAGGCUACUGAUGCAGAAUCUACCGAAGUGAUUCUCGAAGCUGCUCUAAAGUCAGCAACAGAGAAAGGCCUGUGCAAGCCAGGUGAUGCUGUUGUGGCACUUCAUCGUAUUGGAGCUGCCUCAGUUAUUAAAAUUUGCAUGGUGAAGUGACAGAGAGCAUAGAGAAUGUCCUGGUUGAGUUUCCAAAUCAACAGGAAAGAAAAAAAAGAAACAUGGUUUGGUUUUUUUUUUUUUUUUCGGCUUUUAUAUCUAUCGGUGCUUAUAGCAUAUUGCCCGUAGUAUAGAAUUUAGCUAUUUUCUGGAUUGUUCAGAGCUAUGUUACAACAUAUUCAGCGACUACCUUUCUGCCAUCUGUGUUUAUUUUAAGAUAAUUUUACAAUACAGUCCAUUAAUAUGGCCUGAUUUUGGAAAA